AUGACAGUUCCAACACUGCAACAGGAUCAAGCUCAGCAUUCAAACUUGCCCAGUGUCACAGUUCAACCUUUGGACCAGGGGCUUCCCACAGCUCCAGAACCUACAAUGGAGGCUGAACAUUCCGCAGUCCUGCAGCAGACUACAGUUCCUCCAACAUACCCCGAGGUGACAUUUCCAAAUCCAGAGCAAGUUCAGGCUCAGCAUCCAACCUUGACUGAGGUCACAGUUCAACCUUUGGACCUUAAACUGACCAUAAGGCCAGAACCCACUAAGGAGGAUGAACCUUCUCCAACCAUGCAGGAGACCUUAACCCAGCCUCCAGAACCACCUAAGGAGGUUUUUGUAGCUCAGCCUCCAGUAUAUCAGAACCCAAUAGUUCCAACACAAGAUCAGGAUCACACUGAGCCUCCAAUAUCACCCAGUGUCACAGUUCAACCUUUAGACCAGGGGCUUACCACAACUCCAGAACCUACUAUGGAGGCUGAACAUUCCACACCCCUGCAGGAGACUAUAGUCCCUCCAACAUACCCCGAGGUGACACUUCCAAAUCCACAGCAAGUUCAGGCUCAGCAUCCAACCUUGACUGAGGUCACAGUUCAACCUUUGAACCUCUUACUUAUGUUAACUCUGGAAUCCAGUAUGGAGGUUGAACCUUCUCCAACCAUGCAGCAAACCCAAGCUCAGCCUCCAGAGCUCAAUAAGGAAGUUGUAGCUCAGUCUCCAUUGUAUCCCGAGGUGACAGUUCCAGCACCAGAUCAGGAUCAUGCUGAGCAUACAACAUCGCCCAGUAUCACAGUUAAACCUUUGGACCUGGAAAUUACCACAACUCCAGAACCUACUACAGAGUCUGAACAUUCUACAGCCCAGCAGCAGACUACAGCUCCCCCUCCAAAUACCCUGAGGUGA